GUUCAUGUCUCCCCCCACCACCACCUCUAGAAAUACUCAUGCUAACUUCACACAGACACAGUAGCUUAAUGAGGAAGAGAAAAGCUUACUGACAGUGACCUCAAAGCGAGGCUCCGCUUACUGGCAGCUGUGCUGAGGACGGCAUUCGAAGUCUGCUGGAUCUGAAUUAGACAUCGUUGCUUCUUCAAAGGUGUGAAGUCGUUUGUGCCAGUGUGUGACUCAUGUACUUCAUGUCAUGUGGAGCUUUUACUAAGCAUCAGAACCCUGAUGGAGACAACAGCUGCUGGUAUGUCAUCAGCUGUAGAGUCCAACCUCUAUCGCCGUCUUCAUGCCAUCCUCAGAGAAUUGGAAACUGACACUCAGGCCGGCUCAGCCUGUAAUAAAGGAAUGCUGAGAUGGACUCUGCAUAAAAAGGUGGAGAACAGUCCCUCUAUUAGUAUCUCUAUGUUGAGAGUACUUGUUAAGGAGCUUGAAAAGGCAGAGAGAAUUGACUGCAAAAUUCGUAUCAUCCCAUUGCUGCAUACAUUGGCCUACACAGUUAUUCAGUCUGCACAUGUUCCAGACGACCUAAGCGAGAGGAUUUAUGUCUGCCUGAAUCGGCUAGUUACACUACCUGAGCCUUACUGCUCUAUAGGCCUCAACUAUGCUAAAGUCCUGAAAAUGGAGCGCAACAUACCAGGUGCUUUGUAUCAAAGGCGAGUCAUUGCUGAGCACAGCCUAAAGAAUGAACACUAUCCCCUUCGUGAAAGGGUGUUUGUGUUUGUGGACCAGGCCGUGUUUCCUCAGACUCUGCUGGAUGCUGUUAGGGCCGAUGUGAAGUAUGGAGCUACAGAAUGGGACACACUGAGCCACCAGCGCAGAGUCCUACUGCACACACUGCAGUCUGGACUGGGGAAGCAGUGCCAUGGACGACAACUAGCAGAGGCCCUAGAGGAAUUAUGUGACGUAGAAAAAUACUUCCUGGAUGUUGUGGCCACUGUGGAGGAGAGAAUAGAGGAUGGAGGUUCAGACCGUGACCAGUACAGUACAAGAUUACAGCAGCUCUACCAUGACAUCCUCUCCUCUACAGGCAAAAAUCCAUCAAGUCCUACUAGUCCAGUUGGAAGUGCACUGCCCAGUCCUGAGAUCAGCUUCCAUGUCUGGACAAAGGAAGAUGAGAUAUGGAACGAGUUGGUUAACUUCGCUCUGAUGGUAAGCCCUGCAGAGCGAAGCUCUACAUACCUAGAUGAGGACGAGGAUACCAAACGUGCUUCUGUCAUCUCGACUGUGUCCAUAGACAGUGGUAUUGAGGGGGACCUGCCUUUGAAUGAGUUUGCCUCCAUGAUAGUAGAGCCCUCGGGUGAGCAGGAGGUCCAGGAACAGCAGAGAAGCUCACAGUUUUUCAGGAGGGCAUGUGUAAGGUGGCCAAAAGCUGGGAACAGGAUGACCCUAAUGAUGGAGGCCAUUAAGGAAAGUGGAAUGACGGCAGGAGGUGGAAGUGGAGGCUCACUCCCAAAAGAGGAGAAAAACUUCACUGCUCGUCUUGUUGUCAUGGGUGAUGAUAGCACUCUGGGCAGGCUGGGCAAGGCCUAUCACAAUAUACGAAAGAGGGAGGCACGGCAUCUUUUUCUGACAAAGAGAGUCAACUUGGAAAUAUACUACAUUCCAGUCUCUAACCAGCCUCUUUCAACUUCUCCAGCACAGGAGAACGUACCAGGCCUUGUAGAUAUGCUUACACUAGCAGCAUCUUUGGGAAAGGUAGAUCCAUGGUACGAAUGCAACAUCAGCAGUCUAGGAGGCAUGAUCCUAAAACUAGCUGAAAUGCAUUCCAGUGUUGGUGGAUCCUCUGAGCAGAACACCUUUCUUCAGGAUAUCAUUUCAUACUACACCCGCACAGCACAGCAACCCAUCCACAUCCCUAUCUACUCUGUCAAGAUGUCCUUCCCUGGCUUGGAUCCUAAAACAGUGGAGGAUGUGUUUUUAUGUCAGCUGGACAUUGACUUCCCUGAGUUCAGGCCUUUCAGACCAACAUUAAAAGACACAAUCAAAGGAUCAGUGCGCUACAAGAAACACAUACAAGAAGAAGGGGGAGCAGUCGUGUCUGUCAUUUACAGAAGGGCGUCCAUCAGCAAUCGGGAGGUGGACAGAGGAAUGUCUCUGACAACGUGUGGAGUGUCGAUCUGCCAUGCUCCAUCAUGCGGAAAUAAAAAUCUCGACAGCCUGAAUGUGGAUUUCCGUGAUCCAAAUCCUGCAAGAUCCUGCAUGUCUACACUCAGAGUCACCAGAAUUUCCAUCAGAACUCUGGAGGAGAAGACAUUCACAGUAUGUUUGGACAAGGACUCCGACAGAACCUUCAAAAAUGUCCAGAGCAUAGAGGUGAUUCCAAGCACGGAUCCAGGAUUUUGCCUUCAGAAGAUCAAGUCCAGGCAAACUGUGGAGGAGGAUGACUCAGGGCUGAGCAGAUAUCUGAGCAAGACUUUCUCUUUGCCCAUCAACACCUUCUCUGGAGCGCUAUUGUGAUAAUAGCAGACACUCCUGCCUCUGACAUGAACUCUGCAGCCAAAGAGACACGCUGGCUGAAUCAUAUACCUCUGCAGUGUGAAUAUGUGCACAAUGCAUACAAGUGGUGUCUUGCCCAGUAUAGACAUUAUGUGUGUAUUGGACACAGUCUUUUGGACCAUUUAUUAAUUACCAAAAACAGCGCUACAGGUGCUCCAGAACAACCCUGUGGUUUACUAACACUGACUGUAAUAACUGUACAGUCCAUGUUGUGUGUUUAAAAGCUUAUGAUUUCAUAGGGCUUACGUUGUUGUUCGUUGGCUGUUUGCAGUGGUUCCUGAGACCUUAAAUAAGCCCAAAAGGUGUUUUUGUCCAGCAGAUGGCGCUGUAACUCAAAGUUAAGCAGCGUCUGUAUUUGUUAAAGGGCAAUUCCACAGAUUUUUCAAAAUGUCUGUGUAAUUCAAUUGUUGAGAUGUGAAAUAGUUCAUUAUAGAGAAACUGACUCUGAUUUCUUUAUAAUGGUGGUGAAAGGAACCCGAGGUCACAAAUACAAGAUGUUUUAGGCCAAAAUCUCAUCUCAAAACUCCUCACAAACCAGUGUCUCAGCCAUCAAAAAACAUAUUGCCAUCAUUUUAUGUAACACCUUUCUGUGAGGCAGCUUUCAGAGACAUUAAAAAAGCAAUAUGUAAGAUGACACGACCUGUCAAAUUCAUACUCCACACUUCAAACAAGUAGGGGGCAACAUAUUACUAGAACAUUGUGGCGUCCACCCCUAUUGUAAGAAAGAAAGGAAAUGUCCCUCCUUCUCCUUCUUCACUCCCCACCCCGUUUACUUACCAGUCUAGACGAAAUGUUGCGAGUUCAGCAUCAAACUUCAUUCCUUUACACACCAAGAGCUCUCCAAUGGUGGAAACGAAGCCAGUGUUAACUUGUGUGUGUGUGGGUGGGGGUAGAGAAGGGUCGGAAUAUGGCAUCAGGGCAGUGCUACUUCUUUAUCCUCUCAUGUUAGACUGUUGGCAGACUUGAUGCUACGGUAGAUAUCUCUGCAACACAAUACAUAGACAUCUUUGACAUUACAUCAAGACUGUUAUUUCUUCACAUUCUGUUGAUCAUUUUAGUUUAUUUUGGAAUGUUUUGAACUAAAAAUCUUACCAGUUGCACCUUUAGACACUUCAGAUGUCUGGUUCCUACCACCGCCACUGUGAGUAGUUCUGACUCUGUAACCACUCUGAACGACUUUGUUUACAUCUUAAUAAUUGAGUUAGGCAGAAAUUCUGAAAAAAGCUGGGCUUUCUCCAUCAUAUAGCCUUUCUAAGAAUGGGGCAAGAGGCUAUCUACUUGCAAUUAAAGAAAAUACCCCUGCUGACACUGAUGCUUUAUAAGUAGGGGUAUGUAUCUUAGACAAAAUGGACAAAAACACGUCCCUGCUGGGCAGGUUUACAGAUUAGUAGCAAUGUAUAACAUUACUAAAAACAUAGUUAAGUGCUUAAAAUGAAUAUUUUUUACUCUGUAUUGCAUUUUACACUACUCCCUUUCUUAGCUUUAUGUCCAAAUAAAUGUCCAAAUUAAUGUCAACACACAGCAGUCUUUGCAUACAGACUCAGUAAAAGUUUUUUAUACAGCACUUAAAACUCUUUUUAAUUUUUUUCAGUAAAAUAUUCCCCCCAAAAUAUGAACUGCUAGUUGCAUGUACUCAAGUACAUUUCUGAUGGAUUUGCACUGUCCUGAAUAUUUUUAAGAUAUGUAAUUUUACUUUUGCUUACUCCCUUACAGAAAAAGUCACAUAUUAUUCACAUGAAGUGUGCAAUAACCACAUGUUCACAAGUACUCACAUGAUUUUUUCACAUAGGAUGUCAAAUAUUUUUAACAUGUGAAUAGUACAAAAACUACAGGUGUUUAUUUACAUGUGAAAUAUGUGUAACUUUUCUGUAAGGGUAAGAAUAUUUGGAGAGAUAUCUGCUGUUUUCAUUAAGUUACCUGACAGGAUCUUUACUGCUUUGCUGUCUGUCACACCUCUGAUUUUAAUGUUUAAGGAUCCCAAAAAAACAAGAAUAAUGAACUGCAGUUUCUAUACUGAUAGAUGCUGGAUAUACUAAGACGUUCUACUGCAGCUCUGUAAGUUAUUCAUGUUGAAGUAGAUUUUUGACCCAGAACUUUUGAUGGAUUUAUACUUUCCUGAGUAUUUUCUAUUUAUAAUACUUUUACUUCCACUUAAGCAUACAUAUAUACUUUUACACAGUUGCAUUUUAGUCAUUAACAUUUAGUUAGCAAAUCAUUUUUUGUGUUCAGUAUUAUAAUAAUACAUUGUUGACAGCAUCCAUCACACCUCUGACUUUUGAGGUCAUUUUUAAAGAUCCCAAAAAGACAAAAAUAACAAAACUCCAGUUCUUAUGCUGAUAGAUGCUGGAUAUACUUAAAUGUUCCACUAGUUCUGUAAGUUCUAUUCUGUUCUGUACUCAAGUAUAUUUGCAUGGAAAGCAAUUCCUAUUUCCUUUUUUGUUUUAUUGCAUUUACUGUCAUUAUAAUAAUGUGUUGGUGACAGCACCUGUACUGCUUUGCUGUUGGUCACAGCUCUGACUUUUCAAGUCACUUCAAAUGAUCCCAAAAAGAGAAAUAGAGCCCAAUAUACUUCAGUUCUUAUGCUGAUAGAUUCUGGAUUUACUAAGAGGUUCUGCUACAGUUCUAUAAGUUACUCAGUAUUUAAGUAGUUUUUGACCCAGUACUUUUGAUGGGUUUGUCCUAGUAU